AUGUUAAAAAAGAAUGAUGUGUACGCUAAUGAAAAUCCUGUGUAUUGCCCGAAAAACUGUGGACGGUGUUACAAGGGUAUGUGGCGUAAAUACAACUUGCAGAAGCACUUGAAAUAUGAGUGUGGAGUAGCACCACAAUUCAAAUGCCUAGCCUGCCCAAAAAGCUUCUCGUUGAAAGCAAAUUUGAAAAUGCAUAUGCUAGUUGUUCAUAAAAUAAUUUUAGGAACUAAUCACAAUAUUCUGUCAUAA